UCAGCCUAGGCGACACCACAGCACGAGAAUUCAUGGCAGAAGAAAGUUCGAGUAGUAACGUUAGCAGUAGUAAUAUUAGUAGUCAUGGUUUGCUUGUUCGGAGAAAUCUGAUCCCCAGUGGCAGACGACAAGGAAGAGCAAUAUUGAGCCUUGUAGAUGACGAUAAUGAGGUUCAGUUUGACACGUCAGACUCCGACUGUGACGGUGAAGUGUUGAUGGCAGGGAAACGUUACACGUCCAUUCAGGAGUUUGCCUCGGCCAUCCCCAACCACCUGCUUCUCGGCUCGCUGCUGGAACACCUGUGCUUCGUGUACGAGAAUGACCCCACACGCUCCCGCAUGCUGUUCAAGGUGAUAGGUCAGCGUUUGGCAGCGAUGAACCUUGUCUCCCCUUUGGCCAUCAGUGAUGAGUUCAGUACAGUUCGACUCCAACACAACAGGGCUUUCACCGAGCUCCUGCAUGCUGUCAGUGCUUCCCUCUUCCCCCAGGAUCACAGAUACUUGAGUAGUGAUGGUCAGAGUACUGUCCUAAGAACAAAAGAUGGCCUUUUCCAAGCUCAAACAUCUCGUUACCUUAGUGAGUUUGAGGAAAUCUCGGCCCUGGGCAAAGGAGCUUACGGGAGAGUGUUCAAGGUGACGAACAAGUUAGACGGUCAGAAGUACGCCGUGAAGAAGAUUCUCAUUAAAAAUGUCACAAGAGAGGACUGCAUGAAGGUGCUAAGGGAAGUUAAGGUCUUGUCUAGCCUUCAGCACAUCAAUAUCGUUGGUUAUCACACUGCAUGGAUGGAGCAUGUUCAGCCUGCUGCAAACAAUCUCAAAUCAGUCAAUUCAAAUGUUCCAGCCUUAGCAACACCCUCUCAGAGAGAAAGGUUUGCGGAAGGAAGCGGCGACAGCAGCAAUGGAUCAUCAUCCAUCGUUUUUGAGAACUCUGACUAUCCACAGGACAAGGAAGCUGAACUAUCACAAGCUAUGGAAAGUGUCUCAGUGAAACCCUCGACUUCAAAAGACAUGGGCCAGGCUGUGUGUCCCAAAGAUAUACACAACCCCAAGAACUUCGUCCCGUGUGUUUUUUUGGGACACCCUCGCUCCACGUUGGACAAGUGUCCCGUUGCAAAUUGGGACGCCUCGGGAUCCCGGUUGACCACGGAAGAGGAAAACAGCCAGAACAGGCUGGAGUUAAACAACAACUCCUACACGGAUAUGGACAGUCCACCGUGGGCUGAGAAACACUCAAAGGAGGUUCAGUUCCACCUCAUGUUAUAUAUCCAGAUGCAGCUGUGUGAACAGUCGCUGAAAGACUGGAUUCAGGAAAGGAAUUCAAGGCCUAAGGAGGAGCUCGCAGUCUCAACAGGUCCUUACCUAACCCCAGAUUCAGAACAAGCUCUGAAUAUUUUAAAGAACAUACUUGAAGGAGUAGAGUACAUUCAUUCCCGAGGAAUCAUGCACAGAGACCUUAAGCCACGGAAUAUAUUCCUCAACGGGCAUGAAUGCCAUGUAAAGAUAGGAGACUUUGGACUGGCUUGCAAGGAUAUUGUGAUGGGUGAACAUGAUCAACGUCCAUCAUCUUCUCAUAACACAGGUUCUGCUCAUACUACUGGAGUGGGAACAUUUGUUUACGCUGCACCUGAACAACUGCAGGGAUCCCAUUAUGAUUCAAAGUCUGAUAUGUACAGCGUGGGGGUGAUAGCCGUAGAGUUGUUCCAACCCUUUGGCACUGAGAUGGAACGUGUUCACAUGCUCGGGGAGCUAAGAAAUGGCAAAGUCCCAGAUGCCCUGUCUGAGAACUGGCCUGUCUUGGCCAAGUAUAUCAGAUUACUGACCAGUCCUGAUCCUGCACUCCGACCUAGCGCAAACCAGCUGUUGCGCAGUGAUCUCUUCAGUACCAAAGAUAUGGUCAUACAUAGUUUGCAGAGGAGAAUUGACGAACAGGAACAAGAAAUUGUUCAACUCAGGAGACGGAUCAGUGAACUGCAGAGCUCUCAAAGUGCCACAAAUGCAACAGACAAGACUGAACUGCAUUAACCUAUGACCUCUGUUAAGUUGUAUACCAGUCUGUACAAAUAUGUGAAUAAUUUGCAUCCA